AUGUUGGGCGUUGCAGACCUACUGUUGGGCGUUGCAGACCUAAUGUUGGGCGUUGCAGACCUACUGUUGGGCGCUGCAGACCUACUGUUGGGCGUUGCAGACCUAAUGUUGGGCGUUGCAGACCUACUGUUGGGCGUUGCAGACCUAAUGUUGGGCGUUGCAGACCUAAUGUUGGGCGUUGCAGACCUACUGUUGGGCGUUGCAGACCUACUACGAUACCCCACCCCCUCUGACGCAGACCCCACCCCCACUGCCGCAGACCCCACCCCCUCUGCAACAGACCCCACCCCCUCUGCAACAGACCCCGUCCCAGCCACUGAGUCCUGA